AUGUUUGUUCACGGCAGAGACCUUAGCGUUCCAGUGUUGAUUCGGACUAUUAGAAGAUUGACAAAGGACAAGGUACAAAUGGCUUCUGAAGUUUCAAGCAUGCUAUGGAAUCAAGUUGCUGAAAGGGCUUCUGCUAAGGAAGAAGCCAGCAUAUUACAGGCAGAACUAGAUUCACGGACACUAAGAUUGGAGACAGAAAAGAAUGAGUUACAAUCAGUACUGGAAAAGGAGUUGGAUAUAAGAUCCAGCGAUUGGUCUCUAAAACUUGAGAAAUACCAAAUUGAACAACAUAGACUCCGUGAAAGGGCGAGUGAGCUUGCAGAGCAGAAUGUCUCUCUACAAAGAGAAGUCUCUUCAUUUAAUGAGAAGAAAGUAGAUAAUAGAAUCAAGAUGUCAUUUUCGGAGAAACACCUUGAAGAUUUGUCUAAGAGAAUAGAGCAAGUGUCAGAGGAGAAUAAAAAUCUAAGGCAGCAGCUCACUCAGUUACAAGUGGAAUAUAGAGUAGCUCAAGACAAUAGAGAUUAUGUCCGGGAAAACUACAAGGAAAAGGUUAAAGAGCUUAAAUCGGAGACUUUGCUGACAACUAUGCUAAGGGAGAAGCUCUAUUCCGAGGAGAUGGACAUAAAGCAACUUCAGGCUGAUCUAGCCGCAAUAGUUAGAGGUAACGACAUCCUCAAAUGUGAAGUGCAAAAUGCGCUGGACUCUCUUUCUUAUGCCACACCCAAGUUGAAAUAUAUCGAGCUUCAGGUGCUAAAAAAGGACGAAAAUAUCAACCAGCUCACAAAUGAUUUGCAAGAAUGCAUGAAGGAACUUGGCGUUGUGAAGGCGAUACCACCAAAAGUGUUUCAGGAGAAGGAUUUCAUGUGGGAGGAAAUUAAGAGCUACAGUGAGAUGAACAUGCUAUUUAAUUAUGAGAUCAACAUGUUGAAAAGGAAGGUAGAUGCCCUCGACAAAGACUUUCUUAUGAGAGAGGGUCAAAUCACAAUCUUGAGAGACUCGAUAGGCAAACCUUUCGACCUUCUUGCAAGUCCUGAUUCUCUGUUGGAGUGA